AUGGCUAGUAAUAGUCCAUACAUAGUUAUCCUUGUUUAUCCCAACUAUCGUAUGAGAAACGGCGACAACGGGGUGACAUUUGAGUGUGAGGAUCCGAUAUUGUUUCGCACUCAGCGUGCGGAGACAUUGUCCGAUUUGAGGAGUUUGAUAUCGAGCAAGCUCGGUGGUUCAGAAACGAGAAAAAUCGGAAGGGUGGCAUAUAGGUUGCUGGCACCCAUGGGUAACGGAGUCUUCCGGUUUCAACUAUUCCGACUUCUAGGGGACGAGCAUGUGCGAGUGAUGUUCGACGUCUAUGGGAGGAUCAUGGUGGAGCAAGUAAUGGAUCUUUCUGCAGAGGUCGGACACUACGACCGACCCCUCGCACCACCGCCCAUUCAUGUCGCCGUUCCAGUGGAUGAGGCAGAGGAGGGCGAGGAAGAGUCGGACGAGAAUUACAUGGUGGACAGUGGUGACAGCGACUUAUCCGCUAGUGGGGAUCAGGAUGAGUGUGUCCCGGAGACACCUGUUCCGACCGUAGCCCGGCAUGUCCUGCCUCCACCCCAUCCAAUACCGGCGCUUUCGGCAGUUCCGUCUCACUAUCACAGUCUGGAUCUGGACGCCAUGCAUGAGAGGACCCCAUUUCUUGACACGGGUGAAGAGGAUUACAACCUAGACGGCGGUGUAGAGUUUCGGGUCGGUCACAAAUUUAGAAGCCGAGAGGCAGUGCUUCAGGGUGUGAAGAACUAUAGUAUUCAUAGGAGUGCGGAGUACCGGGUGAUCGAGUCGGAUCGGUUAAAGUACCACGUGCAGUGCCGCCAAGCUGAGAAUGGGUGCCAAUGGAGCCUUCGUGUAGCCCUUCGGCAGAACCUGGGAUACUGGGAGGUUCGGAGGGUGGGUGGAGUGCAUACUUGUCUAGCACCCACCAUGUCUCAAGACCAUCGUGCGGUCCAAGCAAGCUAUCACUUUAAACCAUCCUACAGAAAGGUGUGGACAGCCAAGCAGAAGGCAAUUGCACAAAUCUAUGGGCAUUGGGAAGAGUUGUACAAUGAGGUUCCAAAGUUGCUUCAGGCACUGCAGAGUUAUUUUUCUGGUACCAUUUUUGUCCUACGUGUCAAACCAUUCUACGAUGGUCACCUUCUGGUAUGUGACUACAGUAUGUUCGACAAGGUAUUUUGGUCUUUCCCGUCAUGUGUCAAAGCCUUCAAGAAUUGCAAGCCCUUUGUGUCUGUAGAUGGUAUGCAUCUGUAUGGAAGGUAUGGUGGUGUGUUGCUUAUUGCGGUGGCGCAAGAUGGGAAUAACAAUAUCCUGCCGAUUGCUUUUGCCAUUGUGGAGUCCGAGAGCACCGAGUCAUGGUCGUUCUUCCUAACUAAUCUGAGACACCACGUCACCCCACAGAACGGCCUGCUGGUAAUCUCCGACAGAUCUCAAGCUAUCAAGGCUGCGCUUAGCGCCGAUGACAGUGGUUGGCAUCCACCAAGAGCCUACCAUGCUUACUACAUAAGACAUAUGGCUGCAAAUUUCAUGACUCGGUUCAAGUCAGCCGAGGACAAGAGAUACCUCAUUAACGCUGCUUAUAGUCCAAACAGGGCUGGCUACGAGUGGUACAUGGAUGUGUUGAGAGGAGUCUCGCCGGCGAUGGUUGACUGA